AUGAAGUUCACUCUCAUCGCCGCUCUCAUCGCCCCAGUCCUGGCUAUCAACAUUCCCAGAGAACUCCAAGAACGCACCGGCCAAUGCGGUGAUAAUUGCGCUCGCGCCGUUGUCCCUGGCCACCGCGGCCCAGCAGUCAUUGCCUCUUACAAGGCUGAGUGUGAAGCUUACCUCAAAGUGACCACCACUCCUGAGGCUAGCACUGUCUAUGUGACUAAGUCCAUUCCUACUUAUGCAAGUGCCUGUUCUGGAGAGCCGAGGUAUCUCACUGCUUGUUCUUGCGCAGGAGCUUCAGCUGUCACUGUUGAGGCGGCUAGACCUACUGUUACGAAGACUGUUUAUGUUUAG